AUGCCUCUUACUGGUCACUGCCUCUGCAACGCAGUUACUUACACUGCUGAUGUGGAUCAGCCCGCUCUGGUGGGAUAUGACCACUGCGAUGACUGCCAGCGCCAGACUGGCUCGACUUACUCGCUCGUUGCGGUCGUCCCCAAAGACAAGCUGAAGAUCAAUGGCCCCGUCAAGAGCUUUGCGAAGAAUGGCAGCUCUGGAAAGGCCGUUCAUCGUAUAUUCUGCUCGGAAUGUGGUUCGCCAAUUGCCCACGCCCCGGACGCUGCCCCAGGGAUCAUCGCCAUCAAGGGUGGAACCUUGGACACCGACAUCAAGAGGAAUUUGAAGCCGGAUACGGAAAUCUGGACCGUCGGCAAGCUUCCUUUCUGCCAGGAGCACCUGGCUAAGCCUUUUGAGCACAUGCCCCAAUAG